AUGGACACCCCUGCAGCCAGCGGGCUUCCUCUCGCAUUCCACGGAACGGUGAUUCACUCGCUGACGCCGACGACCGUCGAGAUCCUCCACGACUGCUUCCUGCUGGUCAACGCCGAGGGCAAGAUCCAGCUGCUGCUGCCCGAGACCGACCGCUCGCGCAUCUCCGCCAUCGUAGCCGAGAAUGGCUACGCCCCGGACGUGUUUCCCGUGAAAUAUCUGGCUCGCGGACAAUUCCUGUGCCCUGGGUUCGUGGACACGCACAACCACGCCCCGCAAUGGGCGCAGCGCGGAGUUGGACGCGGCCGCAAUCUGCUCGACUGGUUGGAUACGGUGACGUUUCCGCACGAAGCCAAGUUCGCGGAUAGGGAAUACGCACAAACCAUGUACGCGCAGUGCGUGGCCGGGUUCCUGCAGCAGGGCAUCACGACGGCAGCGUACUACGGUUCACGACACGGGGAGGCGUCGAGCAUCCUGGCGCAGACGUGUUUGGAGAAGGGCCAGCGUGCUCUCGUGGGACGAUGCAAUAUGAACCGCCAUGCACCUGAGUGGUACUGCGACGGCUCGGCGGAGGAGUCUCUGGCUGAAACAAGGGAAUUCGUGGAGGGCGUGCACCGCUUGGAUCCUGAGGGAGAUCUCGUCACGCCGGUUCUGACGCCGCGGUUCGCUAUCUCGUGCGACGAAGGGGUUCUCGCGGGUUUAGGUCAGCUGGCGGCCCAGUACGAUAACCUCCCCAUCCAGACGCACUUCAAUGAAGCCCGCGACGAGAUGGAGUUCACGAAACAGCUGUUCCCGGGUUUCGCUUCGGAGACGGCGCUGUACGAGCGGUUCGGGCUGCUGAAUUCCAGGUCGAUCCUGGCGCACUCCAUCUUCGUCGACGAGGCGGAGAUGGCCCGGCUGGAGACCCUGCAGUGCGGUAUCGCGCACUGUCCGAUCGCUAAUACGACUAUCGGUGGGUUCAUGGUGGCCCCCGUGCGGGAGUAUCUCCGUCGAGGGAUAAAAGUCGGCCUGGGAACAGACAGUGGGGGCGGGUACUCGUCUUCCAUGCUGGAGGUGAUGAAACAGGCGUUUAUCGUUUCGAAUGCUCGGCAGCUCUUCACCAAGGGCGCGGAUGAGCCGCUGUGUCUGUACGAGGGGUUCUUUCUCGCGACGUUGGGGGGCGCUCAGGUGUGUGGGCUGGAUGGGAAAAUCGGAAAUUUCGCUGUGGGCAAGGAGUUUGACGCCCUGGAGAUUCAUACAGGGGAGGGCGUCAGGGGGGUGAUGAGCCCUGUCGAAGACGAGGACUCCAUCGAGGUCAUCUUUGAGAAGUUUCUUAUGACGGGGGAUGAUCGCAAUAUCGCAAAGGUGUAUGUACGUGGUCGAUCCGUCAAGGAUUGUUAG